GACUGGUCUGGUUAGCGAGAGUUGUCCAACCGGCUGAAAGAUACAGUCGAACCAGCGGAGACUUGUCUGUCAUUACUAACACUUUAGCCGCUUGACUGAUUAGCUCCAUCUGGUUAAUGUUAGUGUUGUUGCAAGGGAGGUUCAACGAAAUCUAAUUUGAUGCGUGAAUUAGCCGCCAGUCGUUAGACAGCCUCCACCUGUUAUUUGCUACAUCGAGGGGCCAAGUUAGCUAACGUCAACGUUACAACUGGUAGCGCACAUUAGCUAAUUGUGGCAGUUUAUGCUGCGUAUCAUCGCAAGGUUGACAACAUGCUGCAGUGAGCGAUGCUCCGAGUGUUGAUAUUAAUAAUCGCCAUGUGGGGGGCGGAAGGAUGCUCCAAUCCAGAGAGCUGCCAGACAACCCCGUCCAAUUCCACCAGGGACUACUGUUACUCGGCUCGAAUUCGCAGUACAGUACUCCAGGGCUUGCCUUUCGGGGGGGUACCAACUGUCCUCGCCCUUGAUUUUAUGUGCUUCUUGGGGCUCCUGUUUGUGUUCUCCAUCUUGAGAAAAGUAGCAUGGGACUACGGGCGCCUCGCUUUGGUGACCGAUGCUGACAGACGAAUGGAUCAGCAGUACAGUCGCCUGGAUGAUCGGGAAUAUGUGGCCUCUGCCAUGACAUCAGAGACACCUGAGCGCUAUGAACGCCUCACCUCAGUUUCUAGCUCUGUGGACAUUGAUCAAAGAGACACAGGUUUCUGCUCCUGGCUAACUGCUAUUUUCCGCAUCAAGGAUGAAGAGAUAAGGGAGAAGUGUGGUGAGGAUGCAGUGCAUUACUUGUCCUUUCAGCGCCACAUCAUUGGCCUGCUGGUGGUGGUGGGCGUGCUCUCAGUGGGCAUCAUCUUGCCUGUUAACUUCUCUGGAAACCUACUUGAAAACAACGCCUAUAGUUUUGGGCGAACCACUAUAGCAAAUUUGGAUGCUGAUAAUGCACUACUGUGGCUGCACACUAUCUUUGCAUUUCUCUACCUGUUACUGACGGUGUACAGCAUGAGACGGCACACCUCCAAGAUGCACUACAAGGAGGAUGAUCUGGUAAAACGCACUUUAUUUGUCAAUGGAAUCUCCAAAUAUGCAGAGGAGAAUGAGAUAAAGCACCACUUUGAGCUUGCGUAUGAAAACUGUGCUGUACUGGAAGCUCGAAUCUGUUACGAUGUGGCCAGGCUGAUGCAUCUUAACUCUGAAAGGAAGAAGGCAGAGCGCAACAAGAAAUUCUUCCUUGACCUGCAGGCCAAGGAGCAUAUCACCACCAUGAUCAACCCAAAGCCCUGUGGACACCUUUGCUGUUGCAUCAUCAAGGGCUGUGAGGAGGAAGAGGCAGUGAGUUACUACACCAAGCUGGAGGGACAACUAAAAGACGACUACAGGAAGGAGAGAGAGAAGGUCAACAGGAAACCUUUAGGAAUGGCCUUUAUUACCUUUCAGAAUGAGUCCAUAACUGCCAUAAUUUUGAAGGAUUUUAAUGCUUGCAAGUGUCAGGGCUGCCACUGUCGUCGGGAGCCCAAGAGCUCUCAGUUUAGCUCCAAGCUGCACACACACAACUGGACUGUCAGCUACGCCCCUGAUCCACAAAAUGUCUACUGGGAGCAUCUGUCAGUGGGAGGAUUCUCCUGGUGGAUCCGCUGCUUGAUCAUCAACUGUGUCCUCUUCCUCCUCCUGUUCUUCCUCACCACCCCAGCCAUCAUCAUCUCAACCAUGGACAAGUUCAAUGUCACCAAACCAGUGGAGUACCUAAAUAAUCCAAUCAUCACCCAGUUUUUCCCCACCCUCCUUCUGUGGUCCUUCUCCGCCUUACUUCCUACCAUUGUCUACUACUCUGCCUUUUUCGAAGCUCACUGGACCCGCUCUGGAGAGAACAGGACCACAAUGCAUAAAUGCUACACUUUCUUGAUCUUCAUGGUCCUGUUGCUGCCCUCCCUUGGACUCAGCAGUUUGGAUGUUUUCUUCCGUUGGCUUUUUGACAAAAGGUUCUUGGCAGAUGCUAAAGUGAGAUUUGAGUGUGUGUUCCUUCCUGACAAUGGAGCCUUCUUUGUGAACUAUGUCAUUGCGUCUGCGUUCAUCGGAAAUGCCAUGGAUUUGCUGCGGAUCCCCGGUCUACUUAUGUACAUGAUCCGCCUCUGCCUGGCUCGCUCUGCGGCCGAGCGGAGGACUGUUAAAAGGCACCAAGCCUAUGAGUUCCAGUUUGGGGCAGCGUAUGCCUGGAUGAUGUGCGUCUUCACUGUGGUUAUGACCUACAGCAUCACCUGCCCAAUCAUCGUCCCUUUUGGGUUGAUGUACAUGCUGCUAAAACACCUAGCAGACAGGUACAACAUGUACUACGCCUACCUGCCAUCCAAACUGGACAAGAAGAUCCAUUCUGGAGCUGUCAACCAAGUGGUGGCUGCUCCUAUUCUCUGUCUCUUUUGGCUUCUGUUCUUCUCAACUGUUCGCUCGGGGUUUUCAGCUGCAACAUCCAUGUUCACAUUUAUAGUUUUGAUCAUCACAAUCAUUAUCUGCCUCUCUCACGUCUGCUUUGGACAUUUUAAAUAUCUCAGUGCUCACAACUACAAGAUUGACACCCAGGAGGUUGAUGGAUUGGAGAAUGGACGUCCAGUGUGCACUUCUGCAGCCAACAAGGCAGCGCAAAUGUACAUUGCUCAGGUACUUCAAGACCCAAAUUCAGAGGAGGCUGGUUCAGGCAGUGGCGAGGACGACGGCCAGGGGUCCUCGCAGGACGAGGAAAUAAUCAAUGUCGAAAAUGGCCUGAAUGAGGACUUCCAGUCUGGUGAGGACAGCCUCAUCGAUAAUGAAGUGCGGCAGUGACGCUGCCUGGAAAAGAAAAAAAAAAUCCCCCAUGUUAACUUGAGGAGUGCACUGAACAUGUGAAUUAAACCAGGAACUGAACCAACAGUUCUCCAAAGUAUCUCAACCUCCAUUGAGGGACUUCACACUAACAUAAGCACACUGUGUACUAAGGAUUAAAUGGACUGUCUCUCAAGGAUUCUUGCAUUUCCUUCACUGGGUCUCACCAAACCACAGCAUCUGUGUUCCUGCAGAGGGAAUGUACGCUGACAGUGCAAGGGGAGCAACAUCUUUCUGCCCCCAUGUAGCUGAGGCACGCCCUAAAACACUGCACAUGGGCCCAUGAAAGAAAGACACUAAUGCACAAAUGAAGAAUCUUUUGCCUUGUCUUGUAAGGGGAGUGAUAUUCUGUAUGUUUUUCCUUAACACUAUUGCACUUCAAAGAGAGGACCUGUCCUAUAAGCUCAAGUUUCACUGAGGUACUGUAGUACAGCAUGCCUUCAAUUUCAAAGGGUGGAGGGAUUUUCCCAUAAUCCUUUGCUAGUAUCUCUAAUUGUCCGCACUAGAUGCUUUCCCUUGAAUAAGCAGCUUAUGAGAGUGGAGAGCAAGAGAAGAGUUUUCCACACCAGCAGAUAGCUUGGUCUUGUGCUGAUGUGUUGGUCCCAAAACGGUUCUUCCAAUUCCAUAAAAGCCUUUCAGAAUAACAAGAUAGAAGAAAAAAAAAAAACAUUGCGACUAACACUCCCGGACGCUUUGACACUGUACAGCUACAAAACUCUAGAUUUGUGUAAUAACCUUUUUUGACAUGGUAUUUAUUUGUAGGCAUGGAAUUUUAAAUGCUGUUAAGCUUGAUACAUCUCUAAACUGUUGAAGAAGAUAAUUCAUAUCUUGGCACACUACACUGAUGAUAAUUUUUUUUUUGUUCAGUCCCUGAGCCUUUGUUGGUACUUCUGUUGGACUGCUGCUACUGAUGCUGCCCCCAGUAGGGGACAAUCCUCACACGGCUGCUGCAGGAGGACUGGAGGCCAAGAGCCUGCUGAUCCUUUUGCGUAUCUCAGAGGAUGGAGAGAAAGGCCUUUUGGGGUUUUUCUGGGUCAGUUUCAGAUAAUACUCAUUGUGACUAGUUCUCGUUAUCUGUUGUUUUCAAUGUUGUUUUUUUUUCUCAUAUGUUUACGUAUGUAUGUAGAGAUUUUCAAAUUAGCAUUCAGAUUAGGUGGCUACUGAGGGUUUUACGAAUUAGAUUAUCCACAUCUUACCACUCGGCUGUCUGUCAGGUUCUCCUCAGUGUUUUCUGUAGACACUUCAUCAUGUAGGUAGUACAUUGUAAGUUCCAGUUGUCUCUGAGCAUUGUUACAGUUUCCCAUUUCCCAGUACUUAGUGCUGAGUUUUCGAUUGUAUAACCCAGAUGGCUCAGUUUUUGGUCAUAGCUCAUCAGAUCUUAGGCUAGGCCACACAAGAGAGUUUAGCAGUUACACCAGUGAAUGAGGUCUAGUUUUACUUAUCAUCAUACCCAACCACCCUCUGAUAACUAAAAUGAAAAAACGUGUUAUGAAAUAAUUAAUCUCUCCACAAUUGUACAUUCCAUUUGCAGAUCCAGUUACCAGCUUUGUCCUCUGGCAGAGCAGUAGAAUUGUACUACAAACAAACACCAAGUAACAAACUGUGCAUGUGAAAUGAAAUGCCCAUGCAGGUCUGACCUUACUCAGGAUUUAAGAAGCCUCUUUUUUUCUGUGCACGACGAGCUACCCCAUUAAACAUAAACAAGAUUGUUGUUAAAGCAGGGCAAAGUGCUGCAGGCAAAGUACCACAACAGUCUGUAACUAUGGAUCAAUUAUUACUAUUGGACCAUAAUAUUAAAAAAAUUCGUUAUCUAGCUGCUCAGAGAACCAUUGUGGGAAAUGUGCGCUAAUCUUACUUUCACUUAUAUGAUUGACAGAGAAGGGCACGACCCACGUAGGUGUUACGACGAAAAUGGUGAAUUUAAACUGUUUUCCAUAAUUUGUCCAUGGGUAUAUUAGCACCACAUAUGGGGUUUUUUAUUAUUAUGUAAUAACAAGAGAAUUGUUUGACACCAUUGAGUCUGAUGCUCUUCUAGUCAUGAUAAGGUGAUUUUAUUUUUUAUACCUCUUCAUUUUUAUACCUCUGAGAUGUCUUGACAUCACUGAAUGUGUCAUGUCAAAAUAACAACUACUGUCCAGCUCUGAUGGAGAUACUUAAAAAUCUCAUCUCGUCUAACAACUUAAGUUUUUAAACACUGAAUGUAGGUUAAUUCCACAACUUUUGGUAAGCUGAAAGUGGCUCAAGUACUAGUGUGAUCGCUGUAUUUAAACAGCUUUAGAAAGAUGGUUCACUAGCUAACCAGAAAUUUCCAAGUUUUAUACCACAGCUGGUUACUUACUGGUGCCCAGUCCCAUGUUACAGCAUUUCUUUUGAUUACAGAUCAUUUGUCAGUCUGAUGGUUGCAGUUAUUUCCUGUAGUCUUUUGCUAAUUCCAAGUCUAGGAUCAUCAUGAUGAAUUAUUUUAUUUUAAAUUAUCCUCAUAAGAUCUGUGCAGGCAGAGGGACUCACUGGAAAUAAAUGCGUUGUCUUUGUCAACAACAACAUCAAGUCAAACACUCUCUAAUAGGAUUUCUCAGCUUGUUUCUACCAUGUGUAAUGAAUGGGCGGUAAAAUGGCUGCAUUUUGAAACUGCACAAUGUAGAAUGUGUUCUUGUGCGCUCUGCCUUUUUUAGUUUUACAUUUUUCUAGAUAGGAAGAGUAACAAUAGCAGAUCUCAGCCUUUGACUGUCUCAUUUCAUCAUUCUUUCCAAAGGGCCAUCUGUACAACAGAUAUAUACUAUAUAUAUAUCUACUCCCCUCCCCCAGCUCUUUGAACAAUAAAUCUGUAUUU